AUGGCAGAAAGAGUUGAUUACGAAAUUCGUGGAGCCUUUCAGAACGGAGGGGGAAAUGACACCUUUCGGCCAUACAUGAAAAACAGUAUUCCUAGACAAGUUUCAACCGAUACCAAUUAUUACGAUUUGGGAUGCUUGGAGUCUCCUUUGGAGUUAUGCCCAUCGGCCUUCAAAGAAGAUAACAGUAAAGAAGCAAAUCGAAUAUCUAUUCGAGAGUCAGAGACUCUUAAUAGAGAGUAUCAUGACAAUACAGCCGGAUAUAUAUUUGCGUCUAUCAACAGUGAGCCUCACGUACUCAGAUCAAGUAUCGAAACGGAAAGGAAGAGAUGUAAAAUUCAUGAUGGGUGCGUCAAUUCGGUGUCAACCACUAGUGAGAGAGAAGGCAAUAGCAACAAGGAGAGAGAACGUGCAGACGUUAAAGUGGGCAAAGGAUGUGAAGAGUGUCCUAACCAAAGAACAAUGGAUCAAAUGCAGGCACAGUUUGGGAAAUUGUGCAGAAUCGGUUACCUGGGAGGCAAUGCGUGGAAAACCACGGCUCCUCAAGAAACGUGUCGUUUUGUACACCCGCACUCUCGCUUUACCCAAAAAGGAACAUCAAUCACUGAAAGUCCUACAACCAUGUCUCAAGUGCAAUUGCGUGAAGGAAAAAAUGAAAGUUCAUCGUGUUGCAACAAUCCUUUCAUCUUAGUUGAUACAUUUGAAGAUAAAUCUCGUAUUGCAACCUUAAUUAAUUGUGAAGUUCUCGAUAGUGAUCCGAAAGAACUAGUUUAUUAUAUAAAAAGUGUUGCUGAAUUCGGCUUUAAUCAUAUUAUUACUAUUGGGGAGACCGACUCUGGGAUAAUCUUUUUAGAUUGUUUUGGUCGUGUUUUUCAGUGGGAUGAUGAGAGUGUAAAGUUAUGGCCAUUGGGCAAUACUCCUGAAGAGGUAGCGAAACACCCAAUUGUAGGGGAAGAUCAGUUGGGAUGGUUUGUAAUGAAUGGAAUUGUAUAUGAGUAUUUUAGGAAAUGGGAAGAUGUGUAUUAA